GACCACCGCAGCUUAGUAUUUUACGCGAAUUUUGCGGGAUCAUGUGCCGAAGUGCGAAGAGCAAUUUCCAGAAGCAAGACUAACCAGAACAGUCUGUGGCCGUUGCGUUGUUGUACUUGAAAACUAGUCGGAAACAGUGAUAUCGUGAUUAUUUUAUUUGUCUGAAAUUGCAAAAGAUCUUUGUCGAAAAAAUGGCGAUUACUUUGUCCCACUGGCCGCUCGGAUGAAUUCCGGCGAGCACGAGCUGGAAAAGAGUGUAUCAAAUUGACUGCAAAGCAAACACAGUACAAAUUUAUUCAGAAAAGAUCUUCUCUAGUCACCUAAGAGUCACGGGUAAUCAGGUUUAAAGUUAAACUAAGUUCAAGUCAUACGCAAAUCGGUUCAAGGAAAGAAGCUACUACGCUCUGUCUCGUUUUUUAAGUCGUCAUUGUUCAGAGCAAUCGAUUCAAAAUGGCGGAUCUACUAUCGUCGAUUAUGAAAGAUUUUGGAUCAUGGCAGCUCAGGGCGAUACUGCUGAUCUAUUUGUGCAAGAUUCCCUCAUCGUGGUUUAUGGCGUGUCUGAUUUUUACAGCCCCAGUUCCUAAGCAUGGUGAAUUCUUCUGUAAGCCGCCGGUGCCUAUCCAUGCCAACUUUAACACAACGGAAUGGAUCAAGGUUUCCCAUCCGAUAAAGGAGGAAGUUCAUGAUGAAGAGUUCACCAUCGACUUUUGCAACGUGUAUGAGGAUGCCAUGGAGCAUAGUCUGCAGUACUUCAAUGAUCCAAACUUAAAACCGUGGGUGGAGCCCAUGAACAACAACACCAAAGUGGUUCCCUGCGAGUCGUUCGAACAUCACACGGAUUAUACCUCAAUUAUAACUCAGUUUGAUUUGGUGUGUUCGAGGGACAUUCUGGUGGCAACCACUCAAUUCUUCCAUCUAUUUGGCGUUUUACUGGGAGGAAUCAUUACUACGGAACUGAUGAAGACGAUAAGUCCGCGAAAUAUCAUGCUGUUGGGAAUGUAUGCACAAAUCAUUUGCGGCUGUUUCUGUGGCUUGAUAAACGUAUUCGAGCUGCACAUGAUGUUCCGGUCGUUGAGUGCAAUUUGCUGUGGCUUCAUGUACACGGCAGGAGGCGUCAUUAUGAGUGACAUCACCGGCGGCAAGUUCAAAACCGCCACCAUCUGCCUGUUCGAGCAGUUCUGGUCCAUCGGUGUGAUAAUGCUUCCCGGAGUGGCCAGCUUCUGGAGCAGCUGGUCGCAGCUAUACCUGGCCAUCUCUCUGCCGACGUUCGUGCUGAUCAUCUUGCACCGAUGGAUCCCCGAUUCUCCGCGGUGGCUUCUGAAGCGAGGCCGAGUGCGAGAGGCCAACACCUAUCUGAUGGAAGCCGCCCGGUGCAAUGGAACGGAAAAUCGGAUUCCCAGUGAUUUCGAACAUCAGCUGAAAACGUUCUCCGAUGCGGCCAUUGUGCAAGCGGACCCCGAUCCGUGGUGGAAGAUUUGGGAGGAGAAAGCAUCCAAGAAGGAUCUCAUUUGUGUCCACCUGGCUUGGUCCAUUUUCAUUGUGGUGUACUACGGCAUGCUGUUGAACAUCCGAGCUUUUGGACGGGAGCAUCUGCAAAUCAACACGGUGAUUGCAGGAUUAUCGGAAAUCAUUGGAACAUUCAUUGGCUUCUAUCUAAUCAUGUUCACGAAGAACAAGUGGUUUUGGGCUGGAUUGUUCAACAUAAUUGGUGGACUAGUGGCAUACGUUGCAUGGCUAAUUCCACCAGAAGUUACAGGGAACAAGCGAGUUGCUCUUCUAAUGCUUACGGCAAUGAUCUCAAAGAUGAGCAUUUCAACUUGUCUGUCUAUUCUGACAACGUGCACAUCGGAACUUGUGAGCGCAAACAAAAAGAACGGAGCCGUCUACUCCACCAUAGUGUGGGCGAGGUUCUGGCUACUAGGAGCACCAUUUGUGGGAGCCACAAUCGUAUUCGGUCAGUUGGUGCCCCAGACGGCGUUUGGAUCGCUGACCAUCCUCGGGGGCAUUAUCGCGGGAAGCAUCAACGGCACCCGGACGCACCCGGUGGUAAAGCGAAACUCAGUUUACCCGGAAACAAUCUCCACAUCGGAAAACUGGAUAUCGGAAAAACCGAAUGGAAUAAACGAUCUGAAGCAAUAACAACUAACCAAAA